AGUCUGCACUGAGGCGGAACGUAUCUCUCCAGCGACGGUUUCCUCGCGGAAGCCUUUUCCUGUAACACCAAAGACUCACAACAAGGGGGGGUUGAGAAGCUGUGUCCUGCUGCAGAAAUGACAGUCUCAUUAUUAUGGAAGCCUUUCCAUCGAAUUGCAAAUGGCAGGCUGAUGCAGCAAAGGACAAUGUCUCUUUAUAAUCAGACCCAUGGUUUUCGGGAGGAUGAAAUCAAAGCAAAGCUUCAACAGUUCACUGGUGGAUCUGUUGACCUUUCAAAGGAAGAUGAUGGGAUUGGGAUACUCACGCUGAACAAUCCAAGGUUUAUGAAUGCAUUUACAGGAACGAUGAUGAUAGAACUGCAGGAGAGAGUUGCUGAAUUGGAAAGCUGGAAGAAUGGGAAAGGGCUUAUCGUCCAUGGUGCAGAAAAUACAUUUUGCUCAGGAUCUGAUCUGAAUGCUGUCAGGACACUGUCCAGACCACAGGAUGGGGUAAAUAUGUGUAUGUUCAUGCAGAACAUCUUAACCAGACUCAUGAGGUUGCCUUUAAUUACAGUUGCAUUGAUUCAAGGGAAAGCUCUUGGAGGAGGAGCAGAACUGACCACUGCAUGUGACUUCAGGUUAAUGACCUCGGAGAGCGAAAUGAGAUUUGUCCACAAGCACAUGGGCUUAGUGCCAGGCUGGGGGGGAGCUGCCAGGCUCGUCCAAAUCCUUGGCAGCAGCCCUGCCCUCCGGUUGCUUAGUGGGGCUGAGAAAGUGGAUGCCGAGAGGGCCCUUUGCCUUGGCCUGAUAGAAGUCGUGUUGCCCUCAUCAGAGGAACGCAGACCUUUACAAGAAGCACGCACCUGGCUCAAUCUGUACACCAAGGGUCCACCUGAAGUAAUUCAAUCUGUGAAGAAAGUUGUUUCAGCAGGAAGGGAGCUACAGCUGGAAACUGCCUUAAGGAUAGAAAAGGAGAUUUUUGGAACUGUUUGGGGUGGUCCUGCCAAUCUGCAUGCCUUGGCUCAGAGAACAAAACAUAAAUGAGUAAUGCGUAAAAGAAAUGGUUCUUUUGCAAACAGUUUCGUAGGAAACCAUUAUGAAAGUUUAUUACCUCAGUAGGCAUUAAACUUUCUGGGACAUCUGCCCCAUACCUUCAUUCAGUAAUGUAGCAUCUGUUGGUACCACAAGUGGGCAUCUACCAUUGCCAUUUUUUUUAAAAAAAAUCAAUUUUACUAGGUAAAGCAGAGCAAUAGUUUCCUUUAUCCAUCUUACUUUCAUUUCCCGUGGUCUCUGUUCUUUUUUUUUGGCAUACCCACCAGCUAGGCAACUAUAGCUUUGAGGUAAAGGAGAAUAAUUCUGCUACCCUGGGAAUGGGGAAAGAUCAGGCAGCAGAUUGAAGGGUUGCGUUUGUGGUCUUACGAUAGGAGGGACCAAGGGUUUAUAUUACACAUUUAUGCACGGAUGUUUGUAGGGCUUUACACAGAUGCAGAAGCUUCUCUAUAGCCUGUGUUGGGGAAAUGUUUGAGACUGUGAUAUUAGGAUGUGUAUCUUUGCUUGGUCAUGAUAAGUUAUUGAGUGACCUUGAGUGGCAAGUUACACUCUCAGCCUCAGAGGAAGGCAAGAGCAAAUUCUGCCAAGAGAAUCUUGUGACCAGAGUUGCCUUAGGUUUGCUAUAAGUCAGAAAUGGCUUGAUGGCAUACAAGGGCUUCCCUACAUAUAUGACUUGGGUAUUUCAGAGUCCUUGUAACCUAGAAGUCUCAAUUCCCUUCUAACCAUUUUGUAAUUAAUGGGAGAUAUCAGAGACACAUGACUUUGGAGAGUCACAAGUCUUGAAAAUGUGGCAGAGCAAUGCCCGUCUCUACACAGAACAGGAAAUUGCUGCUAGAAAGCAGAUGAUGUACAGGAUAAGCAUAGAUCUACAUGUUAAAAAAUAGGAUUCCAUUUAAAAUCCUGGGUAGUUAAAAACUCACCAUGGCAACUAUGAUUGUACCCAGAAUAGUUCUAAAGUGCGCAUUUGCCCCUAAGUUGCAAAUCUCUAAAUUAUCUCUAAAAUGGGGAUAAAGGAAUUUUGGUUUUGAAAAAUCCAGAGAGAAAGCAUAUAAUCAUCCUCUGUAGGCCCCAAACAUUUCACUUCCAGUAGUUUGCUGUAUACUGGGGGUAGUAACUGCUUGCAUUUUUAACUACACUUUACUUCCAACACACUUUCAUCUGGACAAGAUGGAGUAGGGAAAUCCCAGUUGCAGGUAAAUAUGCAGAUAUAUUUUUGUAUCAUCGGAUCUCUGAUUGAUUUGGAUGUGGUGAUGUUAUUUUUAUUUGUGUCACAGAGUAUGGCUAUAUUUUUUGAAAUGUAUAUCUCCAUAAAAAUUUAAUUCUAGUAAAAGUAGUUACUAUUUGAGACAAAUUUUGUUGGUGGUUUCCUGGCUCCAAGCUCUUUAAGAUAAUCAUGAACAAGUAGAACUUUUGAUGUAUUGUAUAUACAUCAUGCACAGAAAACUAGCACAUUGAGAACUGACCUAGAAGCACAAAAGUAAAUUGUAAUGGGUCAAGCCUGAAUGUGACCAGUUCUUAAACUGCAUGGAAACAAUUCUCACAGCAGGGCAUGUUAUUUUAAAUAUUCCCCCCAAUAUGUAAAACUUAGGUUUUGUUGAAUUUGCUUUGAUUUGCACACUCAGUCCUCUUUGACUGUUGUACUCUGGCUGAUGUUGCAGAGCUGAAUCUAUUGAAAUGAAGACAUACUAUCAAGUUAUAAACAAGUAUGUUAAGAAGUCUGUAUAUAUCUCCAUGACCCAUUAAACAGACACAUUAAACAAUUUAUCAGCUGGAAAUACAGGAAUAAUUAAGAUUAGGUAUGCAAGGUAGUGUGUGUUACACUAAUUUAUUCCUAUAAUAUUAAAUGUUAUCACUUAAGAUGGUUAUAUAUUUGGGGAGACAUAUAUUUUAAUUGUAGGAUUUCCCAUGGAUACCAAAAUCCAGGGAUGCUUAUGUGGUUUGCUUUUUGGAUAUUUUUUGGGGAGAGGGGUAUUUUGAAGCCAUGGCUGGCAGAAUCCAUUGAUAUGGGGACUGACUGAAUAUCUCUGAUCUACAAACCUAAAUUAUUUUGUGUUAAUUACCUCUCAAGAGCAGUUUUUCAAAACCCAACAUUUUCUUUAGGUGUGUGUGUAAAAAAAAACUACAUUAGAACUGCCCACACUCUAUAGUAAUUUGGUAAGUAUCAUUCACACCAAACACGAAAUUUGAUAUAUAGCAUGACUGCUGUACCCAUAGGACACUUAUGUAUUUAUGUAUUCUGUAUUCUGACAAAGUAUAUAACCUCUAGACCAGUGACUCCCAAAGUGGGCGCUACCGCCCCCUGGUGGGCACUGCAGCGAUCCAGGGGGGCGGUGAAUAACUAUUACCUUUCUAUUCGAAGUUUAAAAAAUAGUUUCAUAAUUUCAAACUUCAGUGUUUCUAAUUUACACCUUUCUUUACUAUAUUUUACAAAAGGGGUAGAAACAUUAAUAUAUCUUUCUGUUUAAUUGCUAUUAAAAAAUUAAAAAAUAAUUUCCAAGGGGGGCUGAGUAAUAUAUUUUCUGGAAAGGGGGCGGUAGGCCAAAUAAGUUUGGGAACCACUGCUCUAGACAGUUUCUUGGUCGUUCAGUGGAAGUUUAUAGCAUUUCGGGGCUGGAAAUAAUUUGUUUAAUUAGGAUUUGCUUUUAUUCAAGUUUUGCAUAUCCACCCAAAAUCCGGGUCGAUAUCUCCCAUAGAUGGGUGGUGAUGAUGGUAUUGUAAUUUAGGUGAUUGAAAUAGGGCUGUCAGGAAUUUCCUGGAUCCAACAACCAGCUAGCUACCAUGAUUUGUUGAUUACGAGACUAUGGAUUUUGUGAGCUACUACACACAAUACCAUAGUUUAAUAUAUUACAUUACUACAUUAUUUCCACUUUAUGUACAAUAUAACACUUCCACAUGGUUCACCCUAAAACUUGCAGACAUUUAACAACACAUAGGGCUCAUAUUGAGUUUUCGCAGUGUGCUCAAUGUCGACAGCCAAUUAUGAUAGCACAAGGCAGUGUCUGAAAUAAAAGACUCUUGAUAGUUCAAGGGCUAUUAUAAUUUCAUUUUCAGAUACCAAAUUCUACAAUUACUACAUUCAAAAGACAUCCAUUAAAAUAGUCUCACUGAAAAACACAGGUAAUUGACAAAAGUAUCAUUUUUCCAUGUUUAACAGCCUUGAAGCAAAAAGCAGCCUCUAUAAAAGUGUUUUCAAUGCAAGGUCUUUUUUGCAGAAUGUACUGGUGAACAAAAUAAUUAUACAGUAGAGUCUCGCUUAUCCAAUCUUCACUUAUCCAACGCAGUCUGCCUUUUAGUAAAUGUUUUUGUAGUCAAUGAGCAAGCCAGCUGCAAUUAACUGCAAUGAAUCACUCUGACCAGGAGGUCAUGAGUUCGAGGCCUGCUCGGAGCCUAUGUUUGUCUUUGUUCUAUGUUAAAAGGCAUUGAAUGUUUGCCUAUAUGUGUAAUGUGAUCCGCCCUGAGUCCCCUUCGGGGUGAGAAGGGCGGAAUAUAAAUGCUGUAAAUAAAUAAAUAAAUAAUACAUUG